AUGCUAAAGUUAUUUAUUCUGACCUUUUUAAUAAUUACAAUUUCAGCCAGAUUGGACCAAUAAGAUCCUGCAGUUGGAAAGAAAAAUACAAGUUCAAACAAAUAAGAAAGUGAUGUUAUGAAAUACAGGAGAGCAGCCGCCAUGGCCAAAGAGGAAUUCUAGGGUAUGGAAGUGUCAAUAACAGUGAUUAGAACUAUGUGGUCUCAAUGGUUUUGUGUGGAAAUAAACUACUUAGGUUGAUACUCAAGUAGUCUCUGGAUUCAAUUACAGCAUCUAUGGUAAAGUAUAGAAGGGAGAUCAGACAAGAACAGUCAAGGUUUCUUUUUAUAUUCCAGCUGGAUAGGAUUCCAGAAUUAAAGCUACCGGUUGCAAUAUUGUUGCUUGA